AUGUGGUCGUCUACUUCCAGCGUUAUACGCUUGACCGCGGAGAACACUCUGGGAAAGACGACUCUAGGUAAGCCCAAGGUACAAAAGGCUACGUGGUUUUGGAACGAGGAAGUUCAGGCGGCAAUUCGUGAGAAGAAGUCCAAGUAUAAGCUCUGGUGGAGGACGCGUCAGCCUGAAGAUCGGGGUACUUACCUAGCGGCGAGGAGGGAGGCUAAGAAGACUGAUUGUAGUAAGGCAGUCUCCAAGGUGAAGUCGGACCGCUACAAGGCUGUGUACGACAUGCUUGAUACCAGAGAAGGCGAGCGGGCAGUGUAUCGUUUAGUCAGAGCGCGUCAUCGCUCAACGUUGGAUAUGGAGCACACCAAGAUCGUUAAGGGAGCUGAUGGAGCCGUUCUGCGCCGCUCUGGUCAGAUCCUGAAGAGGUGGCGAGAGUACUACAAUCACUUGUGUAACGAAGAGUUCUGUCAUCCUCCCAUCCCAACUGUUACCAGCGUCGAGGUUCCUGUUCUACCAAUUACUGCCGUCGAACUCAGUGCUGCCCUCGCAAAAAUGAAGUCGAACAAGGCAACCGGUCCUGAUGACAUACCUGCUGAUGUCUGGAAGCUGCUAGGAGAUCGAGGGUCCGUGUGGCUCGCAACUCUAUUUAACAAGAUCGUUGCAGAAGGACGGACUCCAGACGUUUGGCAAACUUCCGUGACCGUGCCUGUCUGGAAAGGGAAAGGAGACAUUGCUGACUGCACCUCGUACAGGCCUAUACGACUGCUGUGCUGUCCUGGAAGCUCGUCUGAGGAAAAUUAUGCUAUCCAUGCUGUCCGAAUCCUCCUGGAGAAACAUCGAGAGAAGAACCGCAGUGUGCAUCUUGCUUUUCUCGAUCUCGAGAAAGCUUUCGACCGUGUCCUACAUGAGCUGUUAUGGAUGUCCAUGAGGUCGCAUAGAGUACCAGAAGAAUAUGUGCGGUGGACGAAGCUGCUUUAUGCGAAGCCUACCAGCGUUGUACGAUGUGCUGCUGGAACAAGCAGGCCAUUCCCUGUACAAGUAGGGGUUCAUCAGGGUUCAUCCCUCUCACCUCUGCUGUUCAUACUGUGCAUGGACACGAUAACGAAGGAAAUCCAGAAGCAGCAUCCGUGGACUCUACUCUUUGCCGAUGAUGUCAUGCUCGCGUCGGAGUCUCGAGAUGAUCUUCAGAAACAAGUACAGUCUUGGAAGGAUCAGCUGCAGCAAUAUGGAUUGCGCCUCAACACAUCAAAAACUGAGUACAUGGAGUGCGGACCAAGGAUAGAGGAUGGUUCAAUUCGUGUCGAUGGCACCGAAUUAAACAAGGUGAACUGUUUCAAGUACCUUGGAUCCAAAGUGACUUCCACAGGCGACAUUGAUCAAGAAGGUCGAGCACGUGUUAAUGGCACGAACGGCAUGGAUGAAAUGGAAAAUGGCAACAGGGGUACUGUGCGACAAGAAAGACUGUUCGACUGUUCGACUGAAGUCGAAGAUCUACAGGACGGUUGUGCGUCCUGUUGCCCUUUACGGAUGCGAGAGCUGGCCGACAACGAAAGCCUUGGAAAGAGUGCUGCACGCUAUGAAGAUGCGGAUGUUGAGGUGGACGAUAGGUGUAACGCUAAAAGAGAAAGUAUCCAACGACACUGUACGCUCCAUCUUCGGCGUCGUCCCGAUAACUGA